CAGGAUGCGCCCCGCGCGGCAGUGCCCGCCGCCAUGUCGGGCGGGUCGCGCGCCUUCCUCCUGCUCACCGCGAUCCUCACACUACUCUACUCAGGAUGGUGUUCCGAAGACGAGGAGCGUUUGGUCCGCGACCUGUUCCGUGGUUACAACAAACUGAUCCGCCCAGUACAAAAUAUGACUCAGAAAGUCGACGUGCGAUUCGGAUUAGCCUUCGUACAGCUUAUUAAUGUUAACGAGAAGAAUCAGAUCAUGAAGUCGAACGUAUGGCUCCGGUUAGUUUGGAUGGACUACCAGCUGAUGUGGGACGAGGCUGACUAUGGCGGCAUAGGAGUACUGCGGCUGCCGCCCGACAAAGUCUGGAAACCAGACAUUGUACUCUUCAACAACGCCGACGGUAACUACGAGGUGCGGUACAAGUCGAACGUUCUAAUCUAUCCCAACGGUGAAGUGCUGUGGGUACCACCAGCUAUUUAUCAGAGCUCGUGCACAAUUGACGUCACGUACUUCCCCUUCGAUCAACAAACUUGCAUCAUGAAAUUCGGAUCUUGGACCUUCAACGGCGAUCAAGUAUCGCUCGCUUUAUACAACAACAAGAACUUCGUCGAUCUGUCCGACUACUGGAAGUCGGGUACUUGGGACAUUAUCGAAGUGCCAGCUUAUCUGAAUAUUUAUGAAGGGAACCACCCUACUGAAACUGAUAUUACAUUUUACAUUAUAAUCAGGAGAAAAACUUUGUUCUACACUGUCAACUUGAUCCUGCCAACAGUAUUGAUUUCAUUCCUCUGCGUCUUAGUAUUCUAUUUACCCGCCGAAGCUGGUGAAAAGGUAACGUUGGGUAUUAGCAUUUUGCUGUCACUGGUUGUGUUCCUGCUACUGGUGUCGAAGAUUCUCCCGCCGACCUCUCUGGUGCUACCCCUGAUUGCCAAGUACCUCCUCUUUACUUUCAUCAUGAACACCGUCAGUAUUCUAGUCACGGUCAUCAUUAUCAACUGGAACUUUAGAGGUCCAAGAACACACCGAAUGCCGCUAUGGAUCCGAAGUGUCUUCCUUCAUUACCUACCGACGGGGCUCCUCAUGCGUCGUCCACGUAAAACGAGACUGCGAUGGAUGAUGGAAAUGCCUGGUAUGGGCGCGCCGCCCCACGCAGCCGCCCCGCACGACCUGCCUAAACACAUCAGUGCGAUUGGUGCAAAACAAAGCAAAAUGGAGGCGAUGGAGAUGUCGGACCUUCACCACCCGAACUGCAAGAUAAACCGAGCAGCCGGCGGCGGUGAGGUCGGCGCCUUGGGCGGUCUCGGCGCCCUCGGGGGCCUCGGUCUUGGAGGAGAGAGGAGGGAGUCGGAGAGCUCCGACUCUUUGCUGCUGUCGCCCGAGGCUGCGAAGGCUACGGAAGCAGUAGAGUUCAUCGCAGAACAUUUACGUAAUGAAGAUCUUUACAUUCAGACACGUGAAGAUUGGAAGUACGUAGCGAUGGUGAUCGACAGGCUGCAGCUGUACAUCUUUUUCAUCGUGACGACUGCAGGCACGGUCGGCAUCCUCAUGGACGCGCCACACAUCUUCGAGUACGUCGACCAGGAUCGCAUCAUAGAAAUAUAUCGAGGAAAAUAAAUCAAACCCUUAGUUUUAAGUACAAACAGAAUUGCUUCAAAACGGCUUCCAUAAUACUCAUUAGAUACCUAUUUGUAUUUUUUCUUAAUAAUAGGUGACGUUUUAUAAUAAGUGAUGCUAAUACGUAGACCGAUUCAGCACAUAUUUACAUGAAUUUACCAUUGAGUUGUUGUGUCGAAGUAUAGUGACGUAUGAGUAAAAUAUGUUGCGGCAAACUUACUGAAAAUAACCUAAUAAUAAAUUGAUCAGGCUUAGUUCGUAAGUAUUAAGUAAUAUAAAUAAAAUGGCUGUGUUCGAGGUUUAAAAGCACAAUGGUUUGUAUUUUGUAAGUGUCCUAAGAUUAAUAUACCUCUAGAGAGUAAUGUAGAUAGUAGGUUUGUAAUUAUUUAUGUUCUCAUCCUAAGAAAUGAAACUCUUCCAUUAAUUUAUCGAUAUCACUUUUUAUCUUUGUAAUUCUUAAUUAUAAACCCCAAAAACAUUUCAAUGCCCCAAGUAAUUUGUUACUUUUUUUACUUAACUAUUUGAAAUUCUUAAGAUAAUUGUAGUAUGU